CGGAGCUGUGGGCCGCUUGUGGCGGCGCGGCGGCUAGGACGGCGGUCCAGGAUGCCCGCCCAGCAGGUCCAGCAAGGCCCACAGAGCGGGAAGCUGGCUGAAGAUGGAACCCCCCUAUCAUGAGAGUGAUGUAGUUGUGGAGAGAUACCUGGCAGCGUUGGAGGAGUCUGUGCCCCAUGUCCAGCUUGCCUGCAGCACACAGUACUGUGCCUUCCCUUGGCAUGGGAGCCAGCUCUGUGUGUGGGACCCCAGGGGUCCCCCGUACCAGCAUUUAUUCCUACAAGGACACCAUUAUCCCAUCACUGCCAUAACUUUCGGAAAUAAACCGGACCCACCUUUAAUCUGUUCUGCAUCACAGGAUUAUGUUAUAAUGUGGAACCUGGAUGAAUGCAGAAAGAAGAUUCUUCAAGGGCUGACUCCUCAAGGGGCUGUUGUUGGCACCCUUCUGGGAAGAGUACUGUGUGUGAGGUUUGGCCCUGGUGACCGCUCUGUUGCAGUGUGUGCUGGAAAGAAAGUCUUCAUGCUGGACGUGGAGGUAAGAUUACCAUGUGUGAGAGCCAUGGAGCCAUGCUGGUGGGGCAGCUGGUGCUGAGCUCCACCUGCCUUUGUUUCUGCUUUCACUUGUAAACCCUUGCAGACGCGGUCUGUGCGGGUGGUACUGCAGGGCCACGGUGGCCCAGUGACAGCAGUGGCGUUCUGUCCCUGGCAAGCAGAAGUGCUCAUCUCAGUGUCUGAAGACAGGAGCUUUAAGGUCUGGGACCAUUGUAUGGGAUCAUUAAUAUACAGUUCAUCCAUUUUAACAGCGUACCCCCUCCUAAGUCUUCUCAUCCAUGGGGAAAGCAGGCAGCUUGUCACCGGGUGUGCUGAUGGCCAGCUUCAGAUCUUCAGUUUGAUUGAAGGAUAUCAUUAUCGCCGUGUGGCAUGUGUACACUUAAAGAAGAAAAGUAAGACCUUCUCCACCAGAAGGGGAAAGCCUGGACCACACAGACUGCCAGGAGGGGGUUGGCAGCUGCGUGGAAAGGAGGCGGGCACAGAAGAGGCUGAAGCAGCACUGCCGGUCCUCACUCUUGCUCACUGUGCACUUCCGCAUGCUCUGGCAGCAGAGCCUGGCACAUUCAUCUCUGGCAGCGCUGAGUGUGUGUGGAUCGGAAGCCCGGUUGGCUUAUUUGUGUUUAACUUGGCAAACUUGGAAUUAGAGGCUGACUUACGCUUCAAGGAUUUUCGGGGCCUGAGCAUCCGGGUUGCGGGGUCCUGUGCGGUGGUGAGCGACGGAGUCGGUGACAAGGCAUUUUGUGUACUCACGUCCAUGUUUGGGAGUCAGGCUGCGGUGUUGGAAAUCAGCCUGUCCAUGCUGCUGCGCUCCCAGCAGUGUCUCUGGGAGGGGCCAUUGCUGUCCGUGCUGCCCAGCUCCUGUGUCCUACCCACUUCUCCACUACAUUUUGGAAUUUCUAAGGAAAAAAGUCUCAAGCCUGCUAAUCAAAAACGACCUGCAAAGCAGAGAGUUGUGCAGGACCAGCCCCUGGUUUUCCACACUAAAGUCAGGUCGUCUGGAUACGCAUCGGCACCCUGUGUAACCAUGUUUUCACCAAAGACUAACAUCAAGCACGGUGGCAGAAAGUCUUCAGCAUGCAAGAACAAUUACAAAAGGGAGGACUACCCUCUGGAGAGCAGUAUGCCACACAGACUCAGCAGGCAGGUCGCUGUGGCCCCGGAGCCGGUUGCUGUGAGCUGGAUCCAGUACUCCGGAGACGGACAGCAGUUGGCCUGUGCCUUAGCCAAUCAUCUUUCCCUGCUCUUUGACGCCAGUCUUACAGGAACCCCAGCUGCUCUGUCAGGUCACGAUGGAGCCGUGAACAGGGUCUGCUGGAGCCAGGACGGGAGGUGGCUACUCUCCACAGCCCAGGACCGGACCUUGAGGGUGUGGUCGACCCGCAGGGCGGAGCUUGUGCUGCUCUUGGGCAGAGACACAUUUCCCAAGCCAGUCCAGUCUGCGCAGUUUUACUACAUGGACACGUUCAUGCUGUUAGCGUCUGGCCCUGAGCUCCGGCUCCUGAAGGUUCACCUCGAUCCUCACAGAGAUGAGAUGAAAAGGUAUAAGCCAAAGAGCUGGUGCCAGGCCGUGCAUUGCUGCUCCACGGCAGGCUCGGCAGAUGUGACCAGCUUGUCAGCAGUGAAUGACUUCUACUCCUACUUGGUCCUGGCAGCCGGCAGAGACAGAACUUUGGAAGUUUUUGACCUCAACGUGGGCUGCAGUGCUGCAGUGAUCACAGAAGUUCACUCCCGGCCCGUCUACCAAAUUUGUCAAAACAAAGGCUCGUCAUUUACCACGCAGCAGCCCCAGGCAUACAAUCUUUUCCUGACCACGGCCAUCGGUGACCCCAUCAGACUGUGGGACUUGCGGACCCUGAGGUGUGAGCGCUGCUUUGAAGGAUGCCCAAAUGGAGGCUUCCCCUGCGGCAUGGCUUUCAGUCCCUGCGGACGGUUUGUGGCCUGUGGCGCGGAGGACAGACACGCUUACAUGUAUGAAAUGGGCAUAAGCACCUUUUCCUACCGGCUGCCAGGACACUCGGGAACUGUCACCGCGGUGGCCUUCAACCCUGCAGCCCUUCAGCUGGCCACGGCCACCUUGGAUGGAAAGCUUCAGCUUUUUCUGGCUCAGUGACGGCUGGCCAGUCAGUGCCAGAUGUGAGAAGACAUCUCGAGAGUGAGAGUGCCUUCCAGCCUCUCUGCAGGCCUCUGCCUCCUGCACCCUCCUCAGUGAGCUUUCCUGGGCCUCAGGAUCUUCGUUGGGAAGUGGAACUGGCACCAGGCCCUCCGCACAGAUGUAUGCUG